AUGCGAAGCUGCUCGGACUGUUCGCCAUUGUCGCCGCAGUUGCUCAUAAUCAAUCAGUUGACGAGCGCAGUGGGUUUGGAAAACGGAGCUGAGUGGCGGCGAGUAAGAAACGCUAUUUGUACUGUAUAAGUGCUGUGUGAAGUGAGUGAGAAACGCAUUCGUGACGCCGUGUGAAAAUGCUUGCACUUAUAUAACUCGCCCCGAGAAAAGCCCACGGAAAUAGGAAAAGUCGCAGUGAAAUUGGUGACUUUGCGUCCUCUUUGUAAUCGCAGUGGAAAUUUCGCGGACGACUCGGAUUCGCGUGUACUUUGCAAGUGUAGCGUCAGCGGCUCGUGGGACUUCCCUGAGGAGCCGUACGGUAAUUAACCCUCGAGUGCCCCGUGAGCGUGUGUGCAUGUCGCAGGAGGGUAAUCUGGAACGAGGCUCUAGUUUGUGAUUUGGGCCGAGCCUCACGCUGGUCUUUUGUGCGGCGCUUUCGAUCUCUCACCUUCUCCUGGCGUUUGUGCGUGGCUUUGUUCGGGCUGUGCGGUGCUGGUAACGGGUCGAUCGAUUUCGGCGAUACUGAAGUUUUCGGUGCGUGCUGAAAAGAGGAGUUUCGAAAGGCACCGCGUCCACUUCCGCGUGGAUUUUGUCCGGAGCGGCCGUUCGAACCCAGGUCGAGACGCUUGGGAGCUGACUGGUCCGUGCGAGCGUUUAUCUCGAGAUUCCAGGAAAAUGGAUAAAUCGUCAUCGUCGUCGACAGCCUCGUCGCCGGGGAGCAGCAGCAGUGGACGCGAUAUAAAUGCUGCCCCUGGGUGUGGCUCCUCCGAUUUAGGAACUAUUCCGAUGUCGACACCACCCCCUCCGCCCCCGAUUAAUCUGAAUAUCACAACAACAACCGGUGGAAGUUUCACAGUUCUCGUGGAUGCACAAAACUCGGUGGAAAACCUGAAGAAGAUCAUCGCCAAGAAGCUGAAGGUGGCCAAGGACCGCAUCUGCUUGCUACAUCGCGAACGCGAGCUUCAUGUUGGCACUCUCAAAGAUAACGGGCUUGCGGAUGGAUCAAAAAUUAUAUUAAUUCCUAAUGUGGAAACUGGAUUAUUAGCACAACGUCCAGAAAAUACUGUGAUGCAGGCAUUAGAAUCUUUGAACGAUGCACAGGUGAAUGAUUUCCUCAGCGGAAAAACACCAUUAAAUUUGAGUAUGCGUCUCGGCGACCACAUGAUGUUAAUUCAAUUACAACUGAGCACUGUGAACCCAUCGAGCCCUUCACAUACAAAUUCCAGAUCUCGUUCAAGUCAAAGGAGUAGCAGCGGCAAAUCCUCAACUUCAUCAGCCUCAACCUCGAACUCCACCCCUGUGGGAAGCAACAAUUUGAUUUCUGGCAACCAACAGCACACAAUUCGUAAAUCAGAACCGGAUGCGAAUAAUAGCCGCCAUAAUAAUAGUAGUUCCUUAGGUUUAGAACAUUUGACUUCUUCGCGAUUAAUAAAUAGUAGUAAUUCACAAGAGGGACCAGGGGAGACUACUUCUAGUCAAACUCCUAAUAAUGUAUCUAGCGUCGCCAGGGGACUUUCGAUUCCAAUGCCAUCGAGCAGCGUGAAGGAGGCUGGCUCUCCUUCUAGUGAGGAAAGACGGCCAAUUCCGGAGUGUUGCUCAUCUUCAAACAAUUCAUCAUUUCCUAAUGAAUCUCUACUAGAACAGUCUCCAAUCAAAUCUCUUUCAAAUUUGGUUUCAAGUCCUAUUAAAACGACGUCAAUCACGAACAUUCCGACUAUAACAAGUAAUUUCAAUCCAAUUGAUUCGAAUAGCAACUCUAAUGCAAAUGACAACAGCAGACAGACUUUAGGAACAGUUGCAUCGACCCCAUCACCCUCGUGCUCCGAUCCAAUUUCAGCAAAAUUAACGUCUUGUUUAUGUAAACGUCUAAGCAGUAACAACAGGAAUUGUGAUUUAAGUCAAUGUCAAACGCGUCAGGAUACUUCGAUGACGCCUGUGGGGUCAUCGUGUAGUUACGCCAAUAACGGCGAGAUGUGCAGCCGUAGAAUGAUGGCGACGAGCACUCCGAACUCUUCACAAACAGCUGCAAAACAAUCAGGCAAUCCUGCUUUCCUUCACAAGACUGCUAAUAAUCCGAUUGUAAGAUCGAAACACCAUCGUCACCAUCAUCACAGCCACCACCAUCAUCCACACCACCACUACGCUUCAAGUACUAGUAACAUGUUGCGUAAAGCGGUGAGCCUUGAAAGAAAUCGAACCUCGCCCGUUGAAUCGCCUACUACUAUUGCCUCGGCAACAGAAAAUACAAGUUCAGAUUCUCUUUAUGAUUUAGAUGAUUCGAUGUCAACGAUAAGUGCAACAGACAGUCGAGCCUUAGCAGAAGCUUCCCGAAAUCUUACACAAACGCUUCGCAAGCUUUCCAAAGAGGUUUUCACGAGCAAAGUGGAUCUAAGUGAUGAAACUCCACGCAAAAGUGGCUCCGGAGCGGUUAUAGAAUCGAUGAAAAAUCAUGGAAAGGGAAUCUACUCAGGAACUUUCUCUGGAACAUUGAAUCCCGCUCUACAGGAUCGUUACGGACGUCCAAAGCGAGACAUAUCCACUGUGAUCCACAUUCUAAACGAUCUUCUUAGCGCAACCCCACAAUAUAGCAGAGGUGCACGAAUCUGCUUUGAAUCGCCCUCAUCUAGUAAAAGUGGAAAAGUAAAAAGCUUAACUUCCAACGAUGGUUGUAAUAAAUGCUAUAGCGUUUCGAAAUCCAGCAAUUGUGUUUAUGGUGAAUGUAAUGGUCAUUAUAGUGGUAGCAAUACUGCAUCUUCUUCAAAUACUUGCCAUCGUAGUUCUACAACUGGUGAUAAUUGUUCCUGCUGUGCGCAGGAUUCGGGAUUUUCAUUCGAAACAAGCCAAUCACUAAUCUCGUCGUCAGAAUGUUCCUCUUUAGUUAGUAAUUCAGCAGACGUGAACUCUUCGAACAAUACGUCCUCCUCUUGCACUUGCAGUUUUCUUCGCAGCAGUAAGAAUACCAGUAGCGAUAGCUUGAAUGCCACAUUGCAGGACAUCAAUACCAGCUCUAGUGCGGAUAAAACCAUAUGCAGCAAAUGUGUGGCCGAAUUAGAAAACAACAAGACGAAAUGCAAGCUAGAUCAGUUGCGUUUGGUUAUGCAGCAAAGUAAACAACGGCGCGAAGCAAGAAAAUUGAAAGGAGCUCCGUAUGGGGCUCGUGUUGUAAGUACAAGCACGAGUGCAACUAAUGGAUCCCCCACAACCUCGCCUAAUGGACCCGCAGGAAAUACCUCUACUUCAUCCGCCGCCACGGGUAGCACGAUAGCUCCACUUGCAUCCCCAAGCGAGGUUUCACCCAAUCACAUUGUUGAAGAGGUGAAUACACUUGCGUAAUUGAUAUUUGGAAAUUUCGUUCGAUAAUUAGGUAUGCGAGUUGAAUGCAUUACCAUAUGCCAUCACGCAAUUAAUGAGCAUCGGUUAAUUGUAUUGUCUGUGAGAAAUUUUCUUAAAGUACUGAUCAAAAAUUCUAACUUACACCGAACAGCAUACGCAAAUGCAGAAGCGUGCAUUUUCGAUUGCAUUCUAUCUUAGAGGGGGGUCAACCGGUGCAGAUUGUUUUGUUGCUGGAAAUAACACAUUGAGAGCGAGAAAGCCAUCUUUUCGAAGUGAUCAUAUGAAUAAGCAGCAACUAAUCUUAAACCACACAAAAUGUACAAAUAUAUCGCAUUUCGUUAUAAACUACUAUUUACUAUAAAUAAAGCAUAAUAUAACUAAUAAACGAUGUAGCUUUUACCAGGCGUGUAUAUAACACAAGAUUCGAGUAAAACCAGAAUAAAAGAUUAUCAUUUGUAGGACAAUAUAUGAUUUUGGACGUAGUAGUUUCCUCAAUAUUCCCAUUGAUGUUUGUUGAAUAUAUGAAUAAUAUGUGAAGUAUUCUGUUUUGUUUGUAACUAUAACUGUAAUUGUUAGAGUGGACGAGUAAAUAUUUCUUAACUAAUGCUUCGAGUUUGAAAAGUUUCAUCCAUGUAAGUUUCUUUAUCGCUGAAGCUCACUCCCAUGACAAGUAACAACAAAACAAUUUUUGAAAACUGUUGUGGAUUGAUGUAGCAUCAAUUUGAAGAAAGUAUCACAGAAACCGUACUUUUAUUUUUGUUUGAACGAAAUUUAAAAAGAAAAUUUCCUUUGAUGUUAAAUUUGUUUCGAAAACCCUGAAAGCUAAGACACGGCAAAAUGAGAAAAAUCCCUAGAUUGUAAGAUUCCUUAUACUAUACUAUUUGUAUGGAUAUUGUAGAAAGAAUUGUAUGUAUAUGCGGAACAAUAAUUUGUCUGUGUAAUUUUUGUUAAUUUGUUAUGAUUCAUGUAUUUUCUUCAAUCCUUAAAUUUUCUUUAUUUUUUUUUUUUGUUUGAUAAAACGAUUUGAAAUUUAUAAGAAAACUUAUCAAUUGUUUUUAUUUCGCACUGGUCAAAUGACGCAUUGUUCCUUUCUUGUUUACUAUUUACCGGUUAAAUGUUUAGGAGUUGUUUUAUGAAACAGGCGAAUGGCUGCAAAUAUGAUUCAGAAGUGGAUUUUAAAUAUAUCCAAACAGAAGAUGUCCAAAAUAAAAUUUCCCUGCCAAUGAUACGGGUAUGCCUUCUGAAGUUAGAUUUUCGAGAGUUUAAAUACUCCCACUAUGAGCACUAUGGAAGUCCUGUUCAGUUGUCACCGGUGUUGUUGAAACGAUACGGCAAAUUGUAAUGGCAGACGGACAAUAUAAAAAAGUAGACACACUGAUGACAUUAGAAUAUGGAAGGCGUCUAUGGUAUUUGAUAACAAACUGGACGAAUAAAGCGAAAGUUAAAGCCAUGGAGAAAGAGACUAGAGACGUAUAUCUAACGUGUUUCUAACGAAGUGAUUCUAAUAACAUGAAAAUCAAUCGUUUGCUCACAAUCUACUCUUUAACUCAAUUAUCAAUUAAAAACGGCUGCCUAUUGUUUUCACUAAUUUCGUGCACAAUUGGGGUGGACUAUCUACAGCGUCAUCGCGAAAGGGGUACUUACUACGUUGACAGUGAGGUCUGUUCGAUAUUGCAAUUGAGGGCGUAUUCCAUGUGAUAAGCUCAAAAAACGGGUAUUCAUAAUGAAAUUUUCUGUACCUCAAAUAUUGCAAAUUUUUUUUAUCUUUAAAUUUUCCCUUACCCUUAACACUGUAGUCACAAAGACGGAAAAUCGUUCGCACUUUUCAUGAUUUUAUUCUAAACUUCAGUGACGCAAAGUUUUAGUGCGAAUACCGCACAAGCCAUAUCAGCCUUUUUCGAGGAUAGUAGCCACCGCUGCAAUAGGGCCUGCUUGUCCGUAAUACUGAUGUACUAAGGUCUACCGUUCGACAUGUGAAAAUUCGUAGUAAGUGCUAGUGGAAACUUCAUUCAAAGCUUAUCGAGAGGGUUGAGUUUCGGGAACUUUCCCGCAAGUCGUUUGAAUUUAAUUUUUGACAUUUUACCCCGCAUUUUUACCACAAAAUUUUUAAGCACUUCAUUCGUCACUAACCUGUUUUUUUGCGUUAUGCAUUUUGACAUUGCUGUACCCAAGGAAAUUAUUUCUCCAAAGUGAGAGUAAAGGAUCUAAUAUGACACGACUCAACCAUAUUUGCGAAAAUAACAUUUUAAUUUGCUCGUUCUGAAGUAAAAGUAAAAGAAAAACGAAGAGAGUAGAGUAGCAAUAUGUCGUAUGUAUGUUUUAGAAAAUUAACUAUAUAUGUAUUAUCAUUAUGCAUAGAGGAUCCUCAGUAAUAAGUAAUAGAUUGAAUAAAUAUAAACUAUGUAUAGGAAAUUGCAUAAUUAAAAUUGUUUAUUUUAUAUAUAUAUAAAUUCGUAGAAUUGAAUAGAACUAGAAGUUAGUGUUUGUUUUUACUUCUGUAUCAUUAACAAAACAAUAUGGCUGACGAGAUUAAAUCUGAAUAUGAGAGAGGAUAAUUUUUAUUGAAGUAGAUAACGCAAAUGAUCUAAAUAUAAAAUUUAUAAACUUCAGAAAUUGAAUAAGAAUGUAUCUUUUUAGUCAUAUAUAGCUUAUUCUUGUAUUUGUUCUCUUUUUGAAGAAGAAAAAAAAAGUCCUCCGUGCCGAGGGAUCUCUUAUGAUUAUCUAAACUUUCGAAAUUUAUUUAGUGAAUAAAUAAGUGAAUAUGAAUCAUUAAACGGUUUUAGUCUGUAUAAGCUUUGUGGCGAAGUAAAUACAAUAUUAAAAAAUCACAUUGUGCAAA